UUUGAGGAAGACAAGUGCAUGAGACGCACACAAUCCUCUCGAAAGUAGAGAUCUAUUGGAAGCUCAUGCAAAAAGGACUCGCUGCCAUGGACCCUAAACUGGAAUUCAAACUUGACUGACAUGUUAUCUGAGCUCAGACGCUCUCAUUUAAAUUAAAGGGAAAUUACACAACUUUCCUGUCACAAUGAGUCUGGGAAAACUGCCAGGGAUCAAGGGCCUUGUGUCUGGCUCGCAGGGGAAACGUCGUUUCAAGAGCGAACUCUCUGUGGACAUGAUCAGCCCGCCGCUGGGUGACUUCCGACACACUAUGCAUGUUGGUCGUGGCGGGGAAGUGUUUGGUGACACUUCCUUCCUUAGCAACUACGGGGGCAACCGGGAACCAGGAAGUCCAGACUCAGCAAACAGCUCCAGGACGACCGGGUUCUUCACACGCACCUUUCGGCAUGUACGGAAGAACUCGGUGCCGCGUCCGCGAGGGGGCUCCCGGGACUUGUCAUCCACGCCACCAGACGUCUCACCCAUCAUCAAGAACGCCAUCUCCCUGCCCCAGCUGAACAUGGACUCCCCCAAUGGGUGCCUACAGAGGGUGCUGUUCCCCAGCUCCAUCAGCUCGACAGAUGACUCCUUCUGCACAUAUGGUCUACAGUCUGGAUUUGUCACUCUGCGCCUCUCUCGCAUUGACAGACAGUUUUAUGAUGGAGACGUGCAGAAAGGGUCUCUACCCGACAGCGGUGGCUUCACGCUGACUCGCUCAGACUCCCUCAUGUCGUUCACUGUAGACCUCGGCCCUUCUCUUAUGACUGAGGUGCUGAGCUUGAUCGACAACCCCAGCUGCCUUCAGGCGUCCAAUCACAGCCAGGCAGCAGGCGAGGAAGAGGAAGGAGAGGACCACAGCUCUCUAACAGAGACGCCUGUGCAGAGCCCUGAGCUGACUUCACCCAACCCCUCCAUGAGUAGCAGGUCAUUCAGCAGUAACAUGAACAACAGGGGGGGCUCUUGUAGCGUGGACUGGGCAGAGCAAGAGGAGGGGGGGUCACUGAGGACUCCAGAUGUGCACUGGGUCUCCUCAGAGAGCGGAGCCGGCGAUGGAGGCAGAACGGUUCCAGAGGGCGGCUGA